AUGCCUUGCUGGGCAUUACUACCCGGCGGGCUCAUUCUAUCGUCGAAUCGGUUGUCCCCGUCCCCGUGUAAAUUAUUAAUCUUACAAUUUAUUUGGAUUUUACCAUACAUUUUGCUUGCUAAUUAUCUCGAACGAUCUCUUCUGCCUCUCAGGCUGCUAUGUUAUACUCAAUCUGACUUAUUGGCUGCACAACCACUAUCUCCAGAUUUCGGGACAUGUUUGAAUCGUUUCUUCUCUCAGCGUGAACCAAACCCGGAGUGCCAAUUGUCCACCCCACCUAAAGUUUUGAUAAAACCCUCUCUCCCCGAUAAGCCGGAAAGAGUUUUGGUAAUAAGAACAGGACCUGGUUCCUUGGAUUAUAGGAACUUCAUAAGAAGAACGUGGAAACCUAAAAUUGACUCGUACGCACCUGUUAUAUUUGUAUGUGCCACAUCUCCCCGCUCAGAAGUUGAAAUUGAAGCAAAAAAAUACAACGAUAUUCUUCAAUUUGAGUUUGCGGAUUCUUACCAUAACUUAUCUUGGAAAAUGAUGGCGAUAUAUGGGUUUGUACUUCGGGAACUCCCAACCGUUCAGGAGAUAAUAGUUAUAAAUGACGACACGAUCGUGAAUGCCACAUCUUUGAGAACAUUAUCACGUCCCAUGCCAUCAUCGAAAGCUUGGAUUAUAGGAAAAAUUUCUAGAGGUUACCCCCGCCUGUUUAUGUCUUGGCUUCCAUGGCAUGUUCCUGGGGAAAUGUAUCCACAUCUUUGCUAUCCUCGCUUCACACAGGGAUCCUCUUUCAUACUCUCGCGAGAAGGAGCUCGUUUGCUUUUGGAUACCGUCUGCAAAGUUCCAUUCGUACAUUUAGACGACAUCUUCGUUGGCGUCAUAUCCAACUGCAUUUCUCUUCAUCAAAUUCAUCAUGAUGGCUUUGACAAGCACACGUUCUCCGAUUUCGUUGUCUACCAUUAUCAAUAUUCUCGUCAUUCACCUGAAUACCUGGAAGAAUUGUGGCACUCAUCCUAUCAAGCGCUGGAUUGA